AUGGGCAAGAAGGCUGUUCACUUCGGUUCCGGCAACAUCGGCCGCGGCUUUGUUGCGUGUUUCUUGCACGAGUCCGGCUAUGAGGUCGUCUUCGCCGAUGUUGUCGACAAGCUUGUUGACUCGAUAAAUGCCAGCAAGGAGUACCACGUCAUCGAGGUCGGUACGGAGGGUGUCGACAAGCACACCAUCACCAACUACCGCGCCAUCAACUCCAAGACGCAUGAAUCUGAGCUUGUCGAUGAGAUCGCAACUGCUGAUGUUAUCACUUGCUCUGUUGGCCCCAACAUUCUCAAGUUCAUCGCACCCGUCAUCGCCAAGGGUGUUGACAAGCGAUCGUCCGAUCUCAAGCCUCUUGCCAUCAUUGCUUGCGAGAAUAUGAUCGGGGCCACCGAUGCCCUCGCUGAGCACAUUAAAGACCCCAAGAAUACCCCAUCACACCGUCUAGAAGACAUGCACACACGAGCCCGUUACGCCAACUCGGCUAUUGACCGAAUUGUACCCGCUCAGGACCCUGAUGCUGGCCUCGAUGUUACCCUGGAGAAGUUCUACGAGUGGGUCGUCGAGCAAACUCCCUUCGAGGGAGGCCACCACCCCGAGAUCCAGGGCAUCAAGUGGGUCGACAACCUGCUGCCUUACAUUGAGCGUAAGCUCUACACUGUCAACACUGGCCAUGCCACUGCUGCCUACCACGGAUACAAUCGACAGAAGAAGACUGUCGACGAUGCUCUGAGAGACAAGGAGAUCAAGGACGAGGUCACUGCUGCUCUCGAGGAGAGCAGCAAGUUGAUUGUGGAGAAGCACGGAAUCGACGAGGAGGAGCAGAAGGCUUACCGGGAGAAGAUCAUCAAGCGUAUCAGCAAUCCUCAUUUGGCUGAUGCCGUUGAGCGUGUUGGUCGUGCUCCUAUUCGUAAGCUCGGCCGCAAGGAGCGUUUCAUUGGUCCUGCCGCCGAACUUGCUGAGAAGGGCCACAAGGUCGAGGCUCUCAUGUUUGCUGCCGAGAUGACUUUCCGCUUCCAGAACGUCGAGGGCGAUGAAGAAAGUGCUGAGCUCGCCAAGAUCAUGGCUGAACACAGUGCCGAAGAGGUUGUCAUCAAGAUCUGUGGCUUGCAAUCAUCCGACAAGCUCUGGCCCCAGGUUGUGGAGGUUGUCAAGCGAGUCCAGGCUGACAGCAGCGAUUGA